AAGAAAGAAAAGCGGGGGAAAGGCGUUCCUGUCUCAUUCUUUGAGAGCCAUUCGAACCCAAAAACGUCUCUACUUCCCAGAUAUCAACAUCCCUGGUAGAAUAUUUAGCCUUUUUAGAGUUCAGUCACCCUCCACCCCUCAAAAAGAAACUGCAAGUCGAUGCGUCUUGGAGUUUACAGUAUUUCGACGUCUGGUUUGUUUUUCCCAUCUCCGGGAGGACUGAUGUUUCCCUACACCUUAUCAGUCAGAUUUUGUAAAUCUGACGUCUUGGUAAACUGAACUAUGAAGUCUGGUUGGAUUGAGGAAUGUCUCCCCCGUUUCUGCGUGACCCGAGACAGCCCGAACGCCAACGACUUCGCCAGGAGGAGAGCGCCUCUGUCCCCAUCUGGAUUAUGUGUUUGACUGAUGUGAAUCAUAUGGAAGAAAUAGAAUAGAAAGGUGAAGCACAUGGGGAAACCACCGGGAAUGAAACACUCCUUCAUGAAGGGUUUAGCAGCUUUAUUCACAUACUUUAUAGAGAUGAGCAACUUCAGAGUCGUGGACGCCAAGGAGUACGAUUCUAGGUCCUCCACCAAUAUGUCUCCAUCAGACUUUCUGGACUCGCUCAUGGGUCGCACGUCCGGCUACGAUGCAAGAAUACGACCCAAUUUCAAAGGUCCUCCUGUAAACGUUACAUGCAAUAUUUUUAUCAACAGCUUCGGUUCUGUCACAGAGACAACCAUGGUGAGUUCUUCUGGAUUUUAUCUUGAUAUCUUCCCUGUCCAAUUUGUCAAUGUGUUAUUUAUUCCUCAACCUGCAGGUCCACCAGUUAAUGUUACCUGCAACAUAUUUAUCAACAGCUUUGGUUCUAUAGCAGAAACUACAAUGGAUUACAGAGUGAACAUCUUCCUGCGACAGAAGUGGAACGACCCUCGACUGGCAUACAGUAAAUACCCAGACUCCUCGCUGGACCUGGACCCGUCCAUGCUGGACUCCAUAUGGAAGCCAGACCUUUUCUUUGCCAAUGAGAAGGGGGCCAACUUCCAUGACGUCACCACGGACAACAAGCUGCUACGCAUCUUUAAGGAUGGAACUGUGUUGUACAGUAUUAGGUUGACUCUUAUUCUGUCAUGUCCAAUGGAUCUGAAAAACUUCCCAAUGGAUGUGCAAACCUGUACGAUGCAGCUGGAGAGUUUUGGCUACACUAUGAACGACUUGGUUUUUGAGUGGCUGGAGAACGGUGCGGUGCAGGUGUCAGAGGGACUCACCCUGCCUCAGUUCAUCAUGAGGGAAGAGAAGGAGUUGGGAUACUGCACUAAACAUUAUAAUACUGGCAAAUUCACCUGUAUUGAAGUUAAAUUCCACCUGGAACGACAAAUGGGCUACUACUUGAUCCAGAUGUACAUUCCUUCUCUCCUCAUCGUCAUCCUCUCCUGGGUUUCUUUUUGGAUCAAUAUGGAUGCUGCUCCUGCGAGAGUGGCACUGGGCAUCACCACUGUGCUUACGAUGACCACUCAAAGCUCUGGCUCUAGAGCUUCUCUUCCAAAGGUCUCGUACGUGAAAGCCAUUGAUAUCUGGAUGGCUGUGUGUCUGCUCUUUGUAUUUGCUGCAUUGCUAGAAUAUGCUGGGGUUAAUUUUGUCUCCAGGCAACAGAAAGAGUUCCUCCGCCUGAGGCGAAGACAAAGACGGAAUAACAAGGAAGAUGAAGGCCGUUUUAAUUUUACCGGCUACAACAUGAGUCAGUGUAUGCCAACAAAGGAGGCCGUUAAGAACGCUGUUCCGACUCCGAACCCCCAGCCAUCAACUCCAAAGGACAUUGAUGCUAUGAGGAAAAAGUUUGUGGACAGAGCCAAGAGGAUAGACACCAUCUCCCGGGCGGCCUUCCCGCUGGCGUUUUUGAUCUUCAACGUCUUCUACUGGAUCACGUAUAAGAUCAUUCGACACGAAGACGUCCAUAAACAGUAACAUGGACUCAAACCUCAGCUGGUAAUGUUGUAUUUUUCCUUUCUCAGAUUGAGAAAUGCUCGGGAAACUGCCUGCCUAGAGCCACCAUGGCAGCAAUGGGGGUGUUUUUUCAGGGAUAAUGUUCAGUGUUUAUGCAUCAUAAAAGUAAAAUGCUCACGUAUCUGACAAUGAAAAGGCUCUUGAAUCACAGAUGCUUUGUUUGUUCUUGUGUGCUGCCUAGUAUCUGAUACAGACUUAGUAAGUCGGCGAAGAAGACGGACCAAAACCCUCUUGAAUCUGGCGUGCUCUGGCAUCACUACAACCAAGGAGAACGUUUAACAUUCCAUGGAUUUGUGACUGUAAGCUAGCGUAGAUCCUUUUUUUUAAAGAAAAUUUCUUAUCAAUGAUGUUUAAACUGUUUUAUAGUGUACUAUUGUUUUGGCACUUCUCUCUGUUUUUCUGUUUAAAACCUGUUCUUACCAAGCAGAGCAUGUAUAAAUGUAUUAAAUAUUAAGGAGCUGCACAUGUCUCAGGUAUCGCUGUAAAAGGAGAUGGAACUCUGGGGUGGAGAUGUAUAGUUUCCAUUUCUAUGAAAUACCUGAAGCCUUAGAUAUUAGAUUUGGUUUGAAAGAAGUGCUACGCUCUUAGAUAUAUCUACCAAGUAUUCACCUGAUACCUGAUGUCACAAAAGGUUUUAAGCUUUGUUUAAGUGGUUUUAGGUUCUGCCUAUCAUUUUUGUGUUUCUCAAAGAAAGCUUGCCACAGGAGGCUUUCUAAACAAAUGUAUAACUGGACCAAACUUUGAUUGUACAUUUCUUUGUGUUGUCAUAUGCAUAUUAAUUAUUACACCAGGUACUUACUCCAGGUAUAUUUGGUACUCUGUUUUGUAGAUUUAGUUAAAUUGGAUAUUUAUUGUAAUGUCUGAAAGAUCAUGUUUAUAAAGUUAUAUCUUCGUGUAAAACUAUUCACUUUCUAAUGCAGACUAUUUUUCUUCAUUUUGAGAAUUUGUGGAGACCAUCAACAGUGAAGUAUGGAUCUACAAUUAACAAAUUAACAGAACAAAGUACAAGCUAUACAAAGCAGCUAAUGGUAACUGCACUCCUUAACAAAUUAUUUUCUUAAAUGCUAUUCAUGAAGAAUGAUUAUUUACUGACCUGUAUAUAAAUAAAAGUGACUGUGCACGAUA